UGCUGUUAUAAGCUAGAAGUCAGCUCAAGCUUAGCUGUAAUUAAGCACGUUCGCUUUCGUUCUCCCCUCCUCCUCAUCCUCUGCUCUUCCUCCCACCGCACUUUCUCCGAUCUCUGCUACGUAAGCUCCGGCGAUGUCGCUCUCUCGGCCUCGUCGGGGCAGGGACGAGGAGGAGGAUGGCCGUGCUGGCGGUGAGGACCCGCGGGGAUCAGCGCCGGCGAAGCGUCCCCGGCGCUGCUCCAGCUCCUGCUCCUGCUGCCAGGAGACACAAGAUUUCUGCGAGAGCCAGAUCAAGAUCCUCAGGAAGGAAAUGCAAUUGAUGUCAAAGGGGUUCAUCGAGGAGUGCAGAACCUUACAGAGAGAGAUGCGAGAAUUUUACCAGAAUUCCCGACUGCAGUUCAAGGAACAGAUCAGUGAGAGGAUGGAACAGCUCAUUCGGGAACAGUUCAACACCUUGAUUUCGGAGAGAAGUACACCUGGAGACCAUCUUCCAAAUGUCAGGGCUUUAUCUCAUCCGGACAAAAUUAGAACAUGUCGGUUGAAAUUUGAGAACAAGUGUUGCGGUGACAAGUACUCGGGCCAUGUCAUAACGGCAGAUGAUAGAAACCCCAUUAAGGUAGCUAUAUAUGAUCAUGACAAUAGGAUCAUCACAGAUGGACCCUUAUCCUCUAUGCAAGUUAAGAUUGUUGUCCUGGACGGUGAGUUUAACAAGGAAAAUAAAGAGCAAUGGAGUGAGGACUCCUUCCUUAAAAGCAUCAUAGUAUGUGGCCGGACUGGAAAACCACCUUUGUUUGCCAAUGAACCGUAUCUAAGGCUCAAAAAUGGUGUGGCUAAACUCUGCGAUGUCAAAUUUCAAGACAAUGUUCCAAGCAAGAAGUUCAGGUUGGGAGUCAUGGCAGCUGAUGAUAGUAUAUCAGAAAAAAUCCUGGAAGGAAUAUCUGACUCUUUUUCCAUAAAGUCUGGUCGGGGUUUCUUGAAUAAGAAGGAUCCUCAUCCAUCUCUAAGUGACCCGAUAUAUAAGCUGAAGAAAAUUGCGGAAAAUGGUGACAGGCACAAGUUACUACAGCAGAAGCAUAUAAAUCUGGUGCGAGAUUUUUUAAGGUUCUACAAUAAGGAUAAGAACAGUCUGCGCAAAGCUUGUGGAAAUGUCUCAGACCACGAUUGGGACAUCAUUGUUGGACAUGCUCUGAAUUGUAAACCAGAAGAUGUGCUUUAUUCAUAUUGCAUUCCUGAGAUGGGUGCUACAAUUUUCUUCAACUCUCUUUAUACCAUUGUUGGUGCUGAAUUCAACGGUAUAUUCACUUCUUAUGAAGAACUUUACGGAACUCAGAAGGAAUUAGUGGAAAAGUCCAAGACAACAGCGUAUGACAAUAUGGAAGUUGUUCAGUAUGAAUACAGAGAUCCAUGUCAUGAAAAUGAGGUGAUAGCUGGAGGCAUGGGAAGCUGUUACCAGCGGGGGUCACGUUCAAUGCUACCAUCUCCGACACUGCCAACAAGGAUCCAUGAUGAGCGUUCUUACAAUGGCGAGGUUUUGGAGAGUCGUCCAGCACAGGAAAUCCCCGGCCCUCAUCAACGUUGGGUGAAAGCUGUGACUGUGGUCACCACUCUUCGCUUCUGGAACAAGGAGUCCGCGUGGUCUUUAAUGAGAGAAAUGAUCUCAAUUCCUUAGACAGAAAGUAGCUUUGGUGUGACAGAUAUUGGAUAAUUGUGUGCUCACAAUUUGCCAUAGAUGAUCGACUGCAUUCCUUCAUCAAUCGUUGCUUGGACAAUAUGUGCGCACGAUGAGGUUACUGGUUCAUUUUUUGUCAUGUUAAAUUUGUUUGCUGUAAAAAAUAUUGCUUGGCUUACUUGACACACAAAGACAUUUCUUUUGAAGUUCAUGUGCAAAAGGUGUGAUUACUUUUAAA